CCCGAACACUAUCUCGACUCGCAUCACCGGGAUUUGUAUAUAGAGAUUAGUGUAAAUUGUGUACGAAUUCGUCGUCAAUAUUUGUGUCUGCCGGGCCGCGAUGUUUGUAAUAUAAGCUGAUUGUUUUGAUGUGGAUGAACGAUGAAGGCCGCAACGGCAGAGCAAAGUCUGCAGCAGACGCUGCAACAGUUGCACCUGCAUCAGCAAGAAACUCAGCCUGCUCAGCAACCAGAGACCACGGUCGUCGAAGCUGAUUCGAAACCGACGAGUAGCGAGAAAAAAUCGGGGGUGCGCAGGCAGGAAAAACCUCCGUAUUCUUAUAUAGCGCUGAUUGUCAUGGCGAUACAGCAUUCGCCGACCAAGAGGUUGACGCUGAGCGAGAUAUAUACUUUUCUUCAACAAAGGUUUCCUUUCUUCCGAGGUGCUUACCAAGGCUGGAAGAACUCAGUGCGACACAAUUUAUCUCUUAAUGAAUGCUUCAUCAAGCUUCCCAAAGGUCUAGGCAGACCAGGCAAAGGCCAUUACUGGACUAUUGAUCCUGCUAGUGAAUUUAUGUUCGAGGAGGGAUCCUUCAGAAGGCGGCCUCGAGGCUUCCGCAGGAAAUGCCAGGCUAUGAAACCUCCCCACCCCCACCAGUACGGUCACCACCCCGGAGGCGCAGCGUUCUUCGCUAAUAAUGCAGCUGUUAUGAACCAAGCUGUAGCUGCAGCUGCAGCUGCCGGGUACGACCACCAAGCACUGGUACAAUCAGCCCAACAGGAGUACCCGGGAGCCGCGUGCUCAUACAACUCGGCAUCACCACAGUGUGGUGUCUCCGGUAGCCACUAUGGUAACUACGAUUAUCCAGGAGUUUACCAGCAACAGUGCGACCGGGAUUGGACCACAGGAGCUUUGCUGCCUUCAUAUGCCGAGAGCGCCAUCACCAGUAACUACUUGAAAGCUCCUUUGAGUCCUCUACCGGAGAACCAAGAUACUCCUCCACCUAACGCUGAUAACUACUAUCAGUAUGUUGCUAUCAGCACGUCGUCAGAUAAUUUGAUGCGUCCCUCCAGUAACACCUCCUUGCAUCACCAGCAGCAGCAGCAGCAUCAGCAACAGCAACAACUCCAGCAAUGUGACCGAAAACCGUACCACCUAUCGCCCCCCACCCCGCCAGCUGCGCUACCGUCUCCCGUUUCUGAUGCCAGUUCGGCACAUUCUGUGGCGACAGCCUACUAUGAUACCAGCGGAGUCAAAUUCGGUAUGUGAGAUGAUGAUUGGGAAGUUGCAGUCUUGCAAAUGUGAUUGAGGACCAAAGAUUUAGUUGACGUGAAGUGUUGUAGGAAAAAUUGUGAAAUGAUAAAUCGGUUGCAGGGUGGAUUCACAUUGCCACAUAUGGAGAGCAAUAAGCGUAUUUGUUUUUCAAAGUACGGCGUAAUGGAGGUAUUCUAAACAGUAGUCUAGUCCCACGGUUCAAAUUUCAUUAUAUCUUGAGUAGAUUCAAAAUAGGCAGAAAGUUAUAGAUGUGAAUAAAAUUAAAAUAUUUUUUGUGACAUGGACAAAACAAGGUGGUUAUUAUGUAAAACGUACCCAAAAAGCUUGAAAUAGCAUUCGAUUUUUUCUAUCACCCACGGUUUUCUUGCAAUAAGGCAUGUUAUUUACUGCUUAUACUUGUAAAAUAUAAGGAUAUGUGUGUAAGAGUACUAAUAUGAACACUCGAAUAAACAUUAAUCUCAGAAUGUUGUUGUCGACGUUUUACGGCGAUAUGUUGCUCCUGAAAUAUCUCUUAACAAUGUCCAGCAAUAAUCAGCAAGCAAAUUGACUUUUGCCUUGAUACCGUUUUUCCAUAGCAGAAAUGUCUUGGUUGGACCGUUCACCAUGUUCAUCACUUACCGCACCUAAAUUUUCCGGGAAAAAAUCGAGAUGAGAAUCCAAAAAGUGAAUUUUUAGAGACAUGUUACAUGCCAUUCCUUUAUAAGCAUUAAUUAGUUCACUCUCAAUAUCUUUAUAAUUAUCCUCCUUCACAUUGCCUAAAAAAUUUGCAGUAACUGAUUUAAAAGCAUUCCAAGCUCGUACUUCAGUUUCAUUUAGAGCACUGUCAAAUACACAUCAUCCUUCAUGAUUUUCCGUAUUUGUGGACCCACAAAUAUGCCCUCUUUAAUUUUUGCCUCACUAAGUCUCGGAAAUGUUUGUUUUAAAUGCAGAAACGCUCUUCCAUUUUGAUCCACAGCUUUCACAAAAAUUUUCAUCAGUCCCAACUUAAUAUGCAAAGGUGGAAGCAACACGUUUUUGGGAUCAACUAGUGAUUCAUGAGCAAUGUUUUUGAGGCCUGGAGUUGACACCUGACGUAGUGACCUGUUCUUAAUGACGAUCUCGCGCACGACUGUCCCAUUCACACAGAAAACAACAAUACUUGGUAUAUACCAGUUGCAUUUCAAGAAGAAUGGCUAUUACCUUUAAAUCUGCACAUAUGGCCCCUCCAUAUCCAUUAUAACGGAUAUGCUCUAACAGAACUCGCAUAUUUUCAUAUGAAUCCUUCAUAUGAACUGCGUGCGCUAUAGGUACAGAUGGAUAUUUAUUACCGUUGUGUACCAAUACCGCUUUUAAACUAAGCUACUUCUUCUUCUUCUUCCUACUUUAUUAAUAGGCUCAUGCCUGUUUUACUUCUGUUUUUAGCCUCAAUUGAUGUUGUCUGACCAUCUUCUCCUCGGUCGUCCCAAUGAUCUUCCAUUUGGCGAUUUGUCUCUUGCUAUAUAAGACUUUCAUUUCUGCUGUUUCCAAUAAUCUUUGUGUUUUCGCCUUAUCUGCUCUUGUUUCCGCUGUGUACGUCAUUAUCGGUCUUAUUUUUCAUUUAUAUAUCCUAUUUUUAGUUUCCGUUGUGAGGUAUUUGUUUCUCCAGAUUGUAUUGUUGAGACAUCCUGCUGUUCGCUAUGUUCACUUGUUUUUGUACUUCUUCUUCCACUUUUCCAUAGCUUGAUAGUUUGAUUCCCAAGUAUUCCGUUUCCAUCACUUGUUCUAUUAUUUUGUUAUUUACGUCUCGGAUCCGCUGAUAUCACUAUCGAUUUAGUUUUCUCUGUUGAAAUCACCAUAUUGGAUAUGAGCGCCGUAUCUUCGAAUUCUUUAAUUAAUCUUUGUAGGUCAUCUUCAUUUUCGGCUAUAAUUAUGGCGUCGUCGGCGUAGCAUAUUAUCUGCAAUUCCUUUUCUCCCAUUCUAUAUAAUCUUCUUUUUUAACUUUCUUUAUGAUUUCAUCCUUUAUCAGAUUGAAUAUUAGUGGGCUCAGCGAAUCUCCUUGUCUAAUGCCAUUUUCAUACUUGAAGCUUAGACGAAUCAAUGAACAGGCGCCAAUCAUUUCGAUCAUGUUUCUGUCCUAAUGCGUCAAACAAAUUGUUGACAUCGGAGAAAUAUAUCAACUCCCUUUCUUGAGGAAACAGUGUGUGAGGUCUUGUUGCCGUUUUCGGUAAAAAGUAAUGUUAACAUCACCGUGGAGAAGAUUCCAUCCGUUUAAUCUUGAUGCUAAAAGUUCUGACUGGGAUUUUUACAGAUUUAAUUCUCGAACUAAGUCAUUAAAUUUGCCCUUUGAGUCAAAUGCGGCGCUUUUGAACAUCUUGGCAGGUCAAACGAAGGAUCGGAAAUUUUUACGCUUCCUGUACCAUCACUUUCAGAAUCGGUGGAUUCAACUUUUCAUCCAAAGACCAAGAUUCUGGUGGAACUGGGACAGAAAGUUCAUCACUAUGCUUAACAAGCCGCAAAGCUGAUGGUAAAUUAAAAUACUUACUACAGUAUUUUUCGAUUUUGGUCCAAUACCUUUAAUAUUUGUGAGGCAAAAAUAGCAAUCCGUAGUACGGUCUCUCGGUUCUCUCCAAACCAUUGGUACCGCAAAGGGCAUUUUACGAUUGUCGCCUCUGAACCAACCUGUUAACAAUGUUACACAAGUCUUAAAACAUAUAUGAGGGGCCCAUAGUUCAUCUUGGUCGCCAACUUUAAUUCCAAAAUAAAGUUCGUAUGCUUCCAACACAACAAGAGUAAAAGUACGUUUUUGGGAUUUAAAAGUUAGCUCUCUGCACACAUAACAAAAACUGUUCGCACUAUUUACACAAUUUCUAGGCAUUGCCCAUAAAGCUACAAAACACACCGUUUUAACAAAUAUUAACAGAACUCAGAACAUCUCAGUACUUUUCAACACAGAAAACGUAACUGACUCGGCUGCUAUUAGUCUACUAAUAAGCGCAGUAUGCUCUCUAAACAUAGAGCUCGCAUACAAUAAACAGGAAUAGACAGGUCUUAUAUAUGUGCGUCAUCGCAUAAACGCCGAGAAAUGCAGCAAUAUGAGAUGUUACGUAUCGUAAUUCAUAAAAGUAGGAUGUUACCGAAUAUCUGUGGGUGAUACAAAAAAUCUGUUUUUAGAUUUGAUUUAAGGGUCUCAAAAUACAUGGAUAUACCCAAAAAUUGUCAUGUCACAAAUCCUGUGUUUAUCAGUGUAAUCGGAUUCGAAAAUAAUUUUACCUCACUUGAAAAACAUUUUGUAAAAGAUUUUUCAUAGGAUUUGGCUAAUAAAGUCGAUAAUAAUUUGAAGGGUGGAGGGUCGUAGGGGGUGUAACGCAAUUUUUGGAUGUUAGUAGAUUAAUACACUUCCAGCGCCAGCAAUUCUACGCACCUAUUAUAUAUAUUUUAUACGUCAUAGAUUUCCACGUACAUUUGAAAUUAGAACACGUGCUCUUUGGCUUCACCGGCCGGCGUGCCGGUGUUCAUGAGUGUAGUCGCAUGACUGGCGCUGUGUCGCGCUGCUGCGUCUGACGCAUCGAGCAGACAGGUAUUGGGAAGAAAAUUUUUAAAAGAACUUGUAAUUAUCGAAAUUUAAAAAAAUUUGACAUUUCGAAAAAAAUUCAAAUUUAGAAUUAAAAAUAGGGAAAAAUUUUCGGAAUUGC